AUGGAGACCGUGAACGUUCAUCAAGCAGGCACCACCCUUGGCUGCCCAGGCCUGGCCACCAACCCCAACUUCAUCUGCAUCACUGCAAAGUCUCCCCAGGGCAGCACCCAGUUUGUGCUCCCACAUCAAACCACCAUCCAGAAAUUGAAGGAGGAACUUUCUAAGCAUUUCCACUGUGAGACUGGACAGUUGGUACUGGUGUUCUUUGGGAGGAUCUUGAAGGAUCAGCAUACCCUUCAGCAGUGUGGGGUCAGUGAUGGGAUGACUGUCCACCUGCUGAUCCGACCCCUGAAGAGAGACUCAGAAGACUCCCCUCAGUCAUCCUACUUGCUCAGGACCUCAGGCUGUGCCCUGACACCAACCAGCACCAGCCUUACCCUGCCUGCUUUUAACCCAAGCACUCAGGGCCCAAGGGGCCCCCCAGAGGUGAGUCCCUCCAGCAUUGAGUGGCAGCAGAUGCCUACCUCAGAGAUGAUUGUUCAGAAAGUACGGCAGGUGAUCUUGGCCAACCCAGAGAUCCAGCAGCUGGCACAGCAGUUCCCUGCCAUCUGCCACAUCCUGAAUAAUAUGGGCAUCAUGCGGGUGAUCCUGGACAAGAUGAGAGAAAUAAUGGACCUCGCAAAGAACCCUGACAUGAUGCAGGACCUGAAGAAUCCAGACCCACUCUUGAUUAGUGUUCAGAGCAACACCCCCGGUGGGGACAACCCCUUGAGACAACUCAACAGCGAUGUUCAAGAGCCAGGACUGAAUGAAGGCCAGGACCUUCUUGACACCUCUAGCUCUUACGACACCCUGGCGAGGAACCCUUGUCCAGAACACACAGUCAGGGAUAGCGAGGGGCUUCACCUGGGCAGCUCUAAGUGUGCUGGCUCUUUCCCCAUCUCCCACAGCUCCACCAGCAUUUGCACCACCAGCUCAUGCAGCGAUGAAGGUGGCAUCUUCAAUAGCCUUCACAGUCCUCUCGGGCCCAGCUCUUCCCUGCUGAACACUGUGCCCACCCCUGGGGCAGGACUAUGCAAUGUGGGGGGCGUCCAGGCCCUGAUUGUAAACCUCUGCAAUGCCUACACAAAGCGUAUGAUGUUCUCCCUCAUGCAGAAUGCUCUGCUUGCCUCAAAAGGGAUGCAGACCGCCCAGAAGGAGCACGUCCAACAGCAGCUGCUGCAUUUUUCCCAGCAGAUGCAGAGGCCAGAAAUGGUGGCUGCCAUGUCCAACCCCAAGGCCAUCCAGGCAUGGGUGCAGAUGGAGCAAGGCUUGCAGGCGCUGGUGGCAGAAGCCCCCGUGCUCAUACCCUGGUUCAUACUGCGCUUGAAAGGGCUGGGGAACUCCUCUGAGAUAGGUCCCAUGGCCACUGGCUCUCCCUCUGAAGAAGAAUCAGCUGCUUUGGAAUAG